AUGUCAAGGAAAAAAGAGAAAGAAGAAGGUUUGUGUGGAAUCGGUUUAUGCAAGCCGAAAUGCCUUCAACCGUGCGCCAACAUCAAAGUAUUUGCCGUCUUUUACGGAUUCAACAUUUUAGUGACGGUUUCAAUUGGUGUUUACUUCUCCUCGCAAAUUACGUCCAUUGAGAAACAGUUCAAUUUUUCAAGUGAAGAAAGUGGUAUUAUCUCAAGCACUAAAGACAUUGGAUUCGUCUUCACAGUCCUCUUAUUCAGCUUCUUUGCUCGAAGAUCGCACAUUCCAAUACUUCUUGGAAUAAGUACCGUCCUGUUUGGAAUAUCAGGUAUCAUCGCGUCCAUUCCUUACUUUUUGUUUCCGGUCGAAGAAAUUCCUCAAGCAUUAAAUUCAACCAAUACAGUUUUUGGAAAUGAAGGGCUUUGCAGCACUGAGAGUGACAUUGAGCAAAAUUACACUCUUAAAGCUACAUCAGCCCUUACAGAUUUGUCUCAAGAAACGAAAAUGUCCAACAAACCUGCUAUGCUUAUUCUUUGCCUUGGAAUGGCACUCCAAGGAAUUGGAAAUGCACCAAGAUCAUCUUUGGCAAGCACCUAUAUUGAUGAUACCCUGGAAAAAACUAAAGUUGGAUUGUUCGUGGGUUUUAUUACAGGAAUCGGUAUAAUAGGACCUGCCAUUGCAUUCAUUCUUGGAGCACAAUUUAGUGCCAUGUAUGUUAACUUAAAGAAGACCAAUAUCACUCCACAUGAUUCGCGAUGGAUUGGUGCUUGGUGGUUGGGGUUCCUCGUCUUUGGGGCGGCUUCAUUUGUAGCAGCUCUGCCAAUGUUCUACUUCCCGAAGAAAAUGAAAAAUCGAAGGGUCGACUUAAAGCCAGAAAAACACAAAGACAAAGGAGAGUAUAUCAAAGAAUUUUUGGCUUUGUUUUGGAAACUCAUGAAGCGGCCUGUUUACUUGUUACAAUGCUUCAAAUCGAUCGUCGUCAUUUUCGUAAUGGCCGGAACGUUUCCUUUUACGGCAAAAUACGUUGAGACUCAGUACCAGCUUCCGUCCUGGAAGUCGAAUAUUUUUAUCGGCGCCUUUGGUAUAUUAAUAGCAGCUUUCGGAACAAUUGCUGGCGGUGUGAUGACUUAUAAAUAUAAGAUGACUCCCAUGGCUUGCCUACGAUUCACAAUCGUUAUCAACCUCAUCUCGUGCAUAUUCCCUGUCACUGGCUACAUGCUUGGCUGCAAACAGCCUGUUAUAUUAAAACCGGGCGAAACCAGUGGGCUUUUUGCUACUUUGUCUAACAACUGCACAAGGAGUUGCACUUGCACGGAUGACAUGUUUCAGCCAGUUUGUGGUGCCGAUGGUGCAAAUUACUAUUCGCCUUGUCAUGCAGGUUGUACAUCCAUGUUCAACGGGACCUAUAAUGAUUGUAGUUGUGUGCAGAGCCUGAUCAAGACUGCGUCGCCUAGUUACUGUCCGACAGAUUGCACCAAUUUGUGGCCAGCCAUUAUCGUUGGAUUGAUUGCUGCUUUUUUUCAAUGUCUGUCUCUGAUGCCCAGUUAUAUUUUAAUCUUAAGGAGUAUCAAAGAAGUGGAAAAACCGUUUGCGCUGGGUUUUCAAAAUUUUCUCCUCUCUCUUCUCGGUUUUAUCCCUGGUCCAAUUGUCUUUGGCAAGGUAGUCGACUCCGCCUGCCUGAAAUGGCGGUCCACAACGGAAAAAGGCGGCAUGUGUAUGCUGUACGACCUGCACGAUUUUCGUCUAAAGUUUUCUCUUGCCCGCUUUAUCGCCUCGGUCAUUAUAUUUUUGAGCUUCCUCGGCGUUUACUAUUUCGCUCGGCACCUAAAAGACUGGCAAACAAAUGAAGACAUACCAGAGAUACAUUUUGAUGCUGAAGAAGAAAAAGUCUUUAUUGAAAAGAAUAGUAAUGUGGAUAUGAACGACACAGUAUCAUAA